AUGAGUGUCCAGAAUUUGUAUGUGUACGGCUUAAAAAGCCUGACUGAGUGUGUUUCCAGAGCAGUACUCAUUGCACAGCCAAUCAACACCACUGAGUUUGUACGACAGCAUAUGUUGGGACUCAAUGACUAUUACAAGUGUCACCCUGAAACUGAUCCCAAGAGAGUUGUCUUUGACUACCAGGAGCAAUUUGGUAAGUAACUGUCAAAAUAUUCAUUAUAUCAUGGUUUUUAAGUACUCCUACAUUUUUCAUGUUUAAGUUAGUACAGUGGUUCUCGACCGAUCUUUCUUUGUAAGAAAGUAAUCCAGUGUAAUGAUGAUAGCUCAUCUUAAUGCAGGACUUACUUAAAUCUAGUGGUUAAUUUUGGUCAUCUAAAUAAGAACUAUAAGUUAGUCAGCAAGCUUAUUGUAAUUGUUUUGAAAAGUAUGCAUUGUGUACUCACAUCACAUCUUUUUUUUUUUUUAGAGACUCAGUUCCUGAGAAGAGGGACGGGAAGUAGAGGGACACAGGCUUCCAUUACAUCCCAUGAGGUAGAGAAGGAACUGAAGAUACCACCUGCCACUGGAAAAGACACUGAGUCUCCCCCACCUCUUUGGGAAGCCAGUAUUGGGACAGUCAAGGCUCCCGGACAACAGCAGAGUGGAAGAACCAGAAAAAACAAUAUCCAGCAGAAAAAGGGGAAGAAAAAUAUUAAGCACAAAACUUUAUCUGAUGAGCCUCAAGUACCAAGACCUCCUUGGGAAGAGAUCAGAGGAACACCACUACCCCAUAGAAUUGGAGACGGUAGGCGUAAAGCAGUAGUACAAGGGAGUACUAGCACAGGACAUACUGAGCCAAUGGUUUUCAUCAAUUUUACUGAUCAACCUGUUUGUUCCCAUAAUCUUCCCCUUGUUCCUGUUCGUACUAUUAUUAGAUACAAACGUAAAAUAG